AUGCCAGCUCAUAAUGCUAGCAAAGCUACAUCCAUAUUCCUUCUACUCGAGGCACAUGUCUGCAGCCAACUUCCAGUUUCUACCUCCCCGAUCUAUUUUGCUUCUGUAGGCUUCUGCCAGCACCACAAUUUAUCAAGGAAAGGAAGGAAUUUUUCACAUGGAGCUGCUGCCCUUGUCGCUAAGCAAGAACGAGAUCAUAGCCAAAAAGGAAGAUUGGUCCGAUUCGUCAUGCCUCCAGAGAAGAUAGAGAUCGAGCCAAAAAGCAUCGAUGCUGCAGCAGGAGAGAUACUUGGUGUUUUGGAGGACACAAGCAAAGGAAAUCUGAUCUACUUCAAGGGCUGGGAUGGAUUUGGAGCAUCGGCUAUUCUCAAUCUGGUAGCUCAACGCCUGAAAUCAUCAACAAGACAGAAUAAGUUUGAUAAGGUUAUCCAUGUGGAUUGCUCGGUAUGGAAAAACAUGAGAGCUCUGCAAAAGGCAAUCGCGGAGGAGUUGGAGCUUCCGCAUUCAGUAAUGGCCAUCUUUGAUCGGUGUGAGGAGGACGACGACUUCAGUGGGAUAGAUGAAGGCUCCGGAGGGGUGAUAGCAGAUAUCAGAAGGGAAAUCUUCAGAAAACUUGUUAACAGUAUAUUUGUGGUAGUUUUUCACAACGGGAGCAGAAGGUACAUUGAUUUGUAUGAUUGCAGUGUCCCAAUAACAACAUUUUUGAGUAACAUGAUGUUGUGGAACUGGCACGGGAGGUUUCGGGUCGAUCUCGAUCGAAUACUAGAAGAUGGGGAACAGGGAAAGAUGAAGAGUCAGACAGAUGUUCUCUUAUAUGCUUCUCCGCAACUUGAAGAUGAGGAAAUACGAGAUCUACUGCAUGAAGAGGCUUUGGAGGUUGCCAGGUGUGCGGGCAUUGUUAAGCCCGAUGAUAUAAGCCACAAGAUAGUCAUGGAGUGCCUCAUAUACAUGACAAAAAUUGCUACGGACUUGAAGACACAUGCACCAAACUAUUGGAUCUGUGAUGGUAUUAUACAGGGCCAAGACAAUGCAUCAGCAUGGAAUAUUGGCAAUUCUCUGCACAGAAACAUGUGCUUGGAUGUUGAGUUAACAUAUAAUGAGGAAACAGCUCCCAUGCUACAGGUGUCGGGUGAUUUACUUGUUAACCGCUGGAAUUUCACCACCCACAAACAACUCCUUAAGGAUAAGACUCAUGUGCUGCCUCCUCAGGUGACAUCAUUCUCCCUUUUUGCACAUGAACCACCAACAAAUAGAACAUCAAUAUUGCCAGUUGGCAUCUUCCAACAUUCACGAAGCAGCAAGCUGCGUGUGUUACAUCUGUUUCAUUGCACCUUUAGCUUUGCAUCUCCUCCCUUCGUUCAUUGUGUCCAACUAAGAUUGCUCCAUCUGGACCAUUGCACAAAUAUCAUAGACGAUGAGGAGCAUCCAAGCCACAAUGAGAACAUACCAUGUUUCCAGAAGUUAUGGGUGCUGGUUUUGAGGUAUACAGAUUGGUAUUGGCUUCUAUCGGAAAAGAUGAUGAGUUUAAUGACUAACCUCAGGGAGUUGAAUGUGGAGGGAGUCAAGCAUUGGAGCAUAAGUGAUUUGUGUGGUGAUAUUCCUAGCCUUGUCGUACUUCGAGUAACAACCAACUCAGUCACAAUUCAUUCACAAGACAUCAUCAAAAAUAGUGAUGCAUCACUCCUCAACUUGUCCAUGGCAAGUCUCCUGAAGACAGUCAUCCUUGAGAGUUGUGCUGAAUUGGAACAAGUCACCCCUUUCAUGUUACCCCCAUUGCUUGAGUCAUUUAGCUUCAUCAACAGUGGUGCUACUGCUGCCAAGAUAUCUUGUAUCUCCUUUCGGGGUUGUUCUCAGUUGAAGAAUAUACUUCUCAGAGGAAAUUUGGGGCGCCUGGGGGAGCUGGACCUCUCGGACACGGCAGUGAAAACCCUUGACCUCGGAGAAUUGGAAGCUCCAAACCUAAAGUGUUUCAUACUGCUGGGCUGCAAGAAGCUCCGUGCAAUAUUAUGGCCACCGGAAGAUAAAAGGACAUGGGCGUUGGAGAAGUUGCACAUCAGCACCGUCCAAUGA